AUGUACCCAAAUACCUUUCCUCCCAUUAACAAGAAAUCAUCUGCUCUCUCCCUCUUUAUCUCUCUCUCUCUCCCACUCUUUCUCUCUCUCUCUCCCCCUCUUUGCUCUCUCUCUCCCCACUCUUGCUCUCUCUCUCCCCCACUCUUUGCUCUCUCUCUCUCCCCCCUCUUUGCUCUCUCUCUCUCCCCCUCUUUUUGCUCUCUCCUCUCUCCCCCACUCUUUGCUCUCUCUCCUCUCUCCCCCACUCUUUGCUCUCUCUCCCUCUCUCCCCCACUCUUUGCUCUCUCUCUCCCUCUCUCCCCACUCUUUGCUCUCUCUCUCUCCCAACUUUAUUUACUCUCCUUGUCUCUGCCCUCCUCAUUUUUCUUCAACUCUGUCUCACUCUUCCUUUUUAACACUUGUCCCAUCUCUCUCUACUGUUUCUCCCCACCUUCUCUCAACUUCUCCUUUCUCUGUUCCUCUUUCAGCAAUCCCAAGCUCUCUUCUUUUUUUUUAACUCCUCUUAGCCGCCUUUAUUUUACACACUGUAUAUCUAUCUAUCUAUCUAUCUAUCUAUCUAUCUAUAGUGGACAUUUACAUGUAUUUCUUCAACUUAAAUUGCUUCAUACAAAAUGUUAA